AUGAAUCAAGAAAACAUGGUUAUGUCUGAUGAGAAAAAUCCUACUUUGAUCACAGAUAAACAGACAACUGUUCAAGAAGGUGCGGCAAACAUGAACGGAAGAAAGAUGGGAUUGGAUAACCAGACCAACAGGAGAGAAUUGAGUGUUAUAACUCAGAACUUAGGAGCUCUUCCAUUUAAGAAGAGGGCAAUAUCACAAACAAACAAGAUGCCCAGUAAUAAUCCUCCUUUACCAACACACAGGGCCAUCACAAGGAAAUUUGCUGCUGAAAUGGCUAGCUUGCAUCAACAUCAGCAUGAGGAAAACAAGAAACCAAAAGUUGAAGGCAAGGAGUUGAGUAUCUGGGAGGAUAGAGAUGAACAGGAAAACAUAGGAGCUAAUGGCCAACAUGCUCCCAUGGUUUUGGAACAGACAGAAAAAGAUUCAACAAAGAAAGCUCAAAUGGACAUUGACUUGGAGGAUAUAUCUGAAGAAGAGGCUGUAAUGGACAUUGACAGUUGUGACAUGAACAAUCCUCUUGCAGUCAAUGAAUAUGUGGAAGAUCUCUUUGCUUACUACAGAAAAGUGGAGAACUUUAGCUGUGUUUCACCAGGCUAUAUGGCUCAACAGUUUGACAUUAAUGAGAGGAUGAGAGCUGUACUGAUUGACUGGCUUAUUGAGGUGCAUCACAAGUUUGAACUGAGGGAAGAAACUCUGUUUCUGACUGUCAACCUGAUAGACAGGUUCUUAGAGAAGCAGACAGUUAUGAGAAAGAAGCUGCAGUUGGUGGGAAUGGUUUCGAUGCUACUGGCGUGCAAGUACGAGGAAACUGCUGUCCCGGGUGUGUCUGAUUUUAUAUAUAUUUCGGGCGAGGCUUAUACAAGGAAAGAAGUUCUUGAUAUGGAAAGUUUGAUGCUUAAAACAUUGCAGUUUAAAUUGUCAGUUCCUACUCCCUGUGUCUUUAUGAGAAGAUUCCUUAAGGCUGCUGAAUCUGACAAGAAGCUUGAAUUACUGUCAUUCUUCUUGAUAGAGCUGUGCCUUGUGGAGUAUGAAAUGCUUGAAUGUUCACCAUCCCUUUUGGCUGCUGCUGCAGUCUACACUGCCCAGUGCACACUCUAUGGAGUUAGGCAGUGGAGCAAGACCUGCGAGUGGCACACCGGCUACUCAGAACAUCAACUUCGGGAAAGCUCAAGAAUGAUUGUUGGCAUUCAAAAAAAGGCUGGGACUGGGAAGCUAACAGGGGUAUAUAGGAAGUACAGCACAUCAAAGUUUGGCAAUGCAGCCAAGUUUGCACCGGCAGCUGAUUUUCUUCUUGUACACAUUUAG